GAGGGGCUUGUUCUCUAUGAUUUGUAGGAUUUAUUAUGUUUAUUAUAUUGCACGCAUCUGUGUAGCUGUACUUAUUAUUCUGUCUGUGUACUUUAUUAUUUCUUUCAACUUCAUGUGGUGCACAUGAAAUCUAUAUUUUGACUUUUAUUACCUUGCUAUGUUUUUAUUUGUGUACAGUGCAUUGAGUCUGCUCUAUAGUAGAAAAAUGUGCUAUAUAAAUAUGCUUAUUAUUAUUACUUAUAACUCUUGUAAGGAAUUUUUUUUAAUUUUGCUCAUUCACAUAUACAAGAAGUUGGGCUUUCGUAAAUUGAAACGUAUAAAAAAGGGUGGCAUUCACAUGUGCUCUCAGUAAAGAACCAACCCUAAUCAUAAUAUGCAGCAAUACUAAUAAACAUUAAAAAGUUUGCAUUUCAGUGUAAAUAUCUAUUUCAGGAGAUAUUGCCCAGUGCCAAUGAUAAUAAUGAUAAUAAUAAUAAUAACUUAUAACGCUCAGCAUUACAACCAAAGAUAGAUUGCACUCUCUGUGAGGACUACUGAUAAAUGAAAAAUAACAGCCAGUGGACGGUGAGGUACGUAUACGCACACUGAACAACAUAUAAAGAUCGAUGAGGUAGAAGAGAGGAACGUAAAGCAAUGGAUGAUGGGAUGUAGAUACUAUAAACAGUGUAAGAUGGAGUCCUUACAUGAUGGUUAGCGUGACAGUAUUUGCCAGGGAGUUGAUGAUAGUAAUUAAGGAUAUAUAGUACUUAGUUGUAAUAUAUGCAGCCAGUUAUAAAGUACAGACCACAGCCAAGAGUUCUAGAAUUAAAAUAAAUAUGGUCACAAUGCAGCACCUGCCAUUAGCCACUGGCCUUCAGCUUUCUAGCAUGGUGUACAUACCAACACGCUGAAUUACAGUGACACAUACGUAGACUUGGUGUGAGGGAGAGAAUGUGUAGUGUUUCAAGUAUAUAUUAAGUUGUGGCUCCACGUGGUUUUCUCUCAAAUUUGUACAGGCUUUUACGUGCAAAUUCUCUAGCAAAAUCUCUUUCCUCUCUCGGGCUCAGUAUAAUUUUGUUAAAAAAAUAAUCUUUGAAACAAUAUAUAUUUAACAGUAAAGUAAAAGUCAAGCCUUAAAGUUGAUCUAGUUGAGUAACAGUUUUCAUAAAUCUUUACAGAAAGAACGAAAUUGUUGAUUUUUAUGCUAUCCAUUUAAAUUCACAGUGUUAACUGUAGUCAGUAAUUUUAAGAGAUUUAGUACGAAUAAACCUUAACAACACGUAGUUAGUGUCAACAAGAACUAUGUCUAAUAAUUAAUACUCCCUUACACAUGUAGUCGACCAAUGAACAUCAACUAUAGACCAUGUGCCUCUUUUUGACCAAUCACUGCAUACGUAAUGAGACUGUCUUGCUUCCAUCUAAAAAUGGCGGCGUGUCUUACGCUUUCGUGAAAGAUACGAAGGCAGUUGACAAAUACUAUGAAUAUUGACUGUUUCCUGUAUCACUGCGUUGCUUCAUCACUUAACACAUUUGUAUUUUAUCGCGUAUGUUAAAAAAAUAUCUUCCAAAACGUGUAAUCUAUAGAGAUUAAAACCUAGUCAUCAUCUCAGAGCUGUUCGAUCGAGUUGUACCUCCGUUAAAGACAGGAUUUUCCUGGAUGGCUGCUCCUGACAAGCUUAAAGCCUUGUUUGAAGACUUGGGAAAGCCUACAUUGAGAGGUGUGCGCAAGUGCCCAAAGUGUGGCACAUUCAAUGGAACUCGAGGAAUCAGUUGCAAAAACAAAGCAUGUGAUGUCAUAUUCAAAGAGAAGGAGAGUAAGAAAGGGCAUAGCGUGGAAGCUGUUAAAAUCAUAACUGGAUCCACAGUUCAGGUGUUUUCUGUGCGUUUAAGAGAUCGAGGACCAGAUUAUCGUGGAUUUGUACAGUUACCUCUGGUUCAAGACCAGGAUGGAAAUCUUACCUCCCUCGUAGACCCUCUUGUCUUAGCACAGGCUGCUAGGUGCUAUGUUGAAAGUUGCAAUCGCAACAACAGUUCAUCAGAUAUAGUUUCAGCAGUCAAAACUAAUAUUUGCUCCCACGUCAAGGCGGCAAUAGAAUGUGCACAAGAAGCACAACCUCUUACCUUGAAAAAUUCAGUCCUGAAUUCUCUACAGGUUUCAAAUGAGAUCAAGCAAGCAAUAUGGCUGCUGGCUACAGAAACAACAGGUCCCUUGAUACAGAGAGUGACAAAAAACAUUAUGGUUGUCAAAUGCAAACCUAAUCCUAAGCAGCCUCUUGGUUUUCUCCACUUCGCAUUUUUUGAGACUACACGCAACCGUCAGCAGACAGAUUACAAGAUUCAGUGCAGCUGUAAGGCCUUUAGGUCUAUGAAACCAGGUUCUCCUCGAGAUGACUUGCAAAGGCGGUGUGUUCACUUCUAUGCCUGUGUUUGCGCCUUUGCAAGUGAUGAUAAACUCGCAGAAGAGUUUUCAUACUACAUCCAUCUUGACACAGCUACCACUGUUCCAACUAUGGUCAGUGCACCAGUUCCAGAACAGCGGCAGGUGUUAACGGUGUAUCAUCCCAUGGAGGGACUGGAAGGGGUAGGGGAGGGCACAACUCUGGAAGUAAUUGUAACAGAAGAUCUGCUUGCUCCUAGCUGUGAAAAAAAACCGAAAAAGGAUGAUACACUUGCCCAGGCAAGCAGUGCAUUGCUGACAUUGCAAGACCAGAAGACACCCAGUCACCUUCAACCUGUUCUCAAGGCCAGUCCUCCAAAGCAGACUCUGGCAGUGGCAAAAGCUCAGCCUGCAAUGAAGAAAACAGCAGAUCGAACAUUCACCACGCCACCUCAGGUGGAUGAAAACACAACAAGUCUGUCUUUCCAGCUCUGGCUUGCCAGUGUCACUGAACGUAUCAAUCAAACAAUGCACUACCAGUUUGAUGGCAACCCUGAUCCUCUGGUGUUUCAUGCUCCUCAGUUCAUGUUUGACUGCCUACAGCAGCGCAUCUCAGCUGGCAGCAAAAAGAAGCGUCUGCCAAAUUACACAACAGGUUUUGUGCGUCGUGAUGCCCUACCUCUUGGCACCUUCACAAAAUAUACAUGGCAUAUCACUAACAUCCUGCAUGUCAAGCAGAUCUUUGAUACGCCUGAGAUGCCAUUAGAAAUAACUCGCAGUUUUGUGGAAAAUCGUGAUGGUACUUAUGAUCCAUAUGAAGUCCCAAAAGUGGCUGUGGAACCUAUUGAAGAGACAUUUAGCGUAAACAAGAAAAAUCAGACACCAAUUCGUCCAUUUGAGCUCAAGACUUUUCUCAAAGUUGGUACUACCACACCUGACCAGAAGGAACCCACACCAUUUAUAAUUGAAUGGAUUCCAGACAUUUUGCCAAAAUCUCAUAUUGGAGAGUUACGCAUAAAGCUUGAAUACGGCCACCAGCGUAAUGGCCAGAUUGAACACCGUGUGUGGUCUCCACCUACUGAAAUUCCUAUUCAAACAAUCCAUGUUCAGGAGAUUGGCUGAGGGAGAUUCAUUUUCUCUAGUGCUACUUUUACAUUGUUGAAAGAUGUGUUGGAUGGGGGGUAACAGAUUCCAGUGCAGGGCAUAUAAAUCACAAGAUGGAUGCUAGUUUCUGGCAAGUGGAUGUAAAAAUCUGCAAGUUUUGAUUAACCUUGAGUUUGCCUGUUUCUGAGGGACAGAAUCCACAGGAACUGCUCUUUUCAGUGAGGAAGAAGUAGGCAUUGUUAAGGAGGAUAAAAGUAUAGUGAAUGAUCAGUGCUCACUCAUGAUGCUCAGGCACUAGGAGGAGGAUGAGGAUGUAUGGACAGAAAAUGUUUCUCAUGUAUUCAGCAGUAUUGUGAAGACCAGGCAGUGGUUAACUUGUAAGAUAAGUUUGGCUUACAUGUUCACAAAUGACUGAUUUUUUGAAUGUGGUGUAAAGAAAGGAGAGCGUUGCUUUAAAUAGUCUUGGUUUUCUUUUUUUGUUUUUGUUGUAAUUGCUUAUAUUGUGGUUUUGCAUCAGCAUUAGAGGUGGCAAUGGAAAUUUUCCAAACAAUUAGCAGUUGACAAACAGUAAAAGUUCUAGUCUUUUUGCAUAGACCUGCUUUCAAAAGAAACAUGUUUACAAAAUUGUUAUUAAGAGAAUGCUAUGCUGUCCUUUGCUGUUUGAGCUUUGAGGUGUGGGGGAGGAAAAAAUUUUGGCGAGGGGAAGUUCGUGCAUUUUGGUUGAAUUUUAAGUUUGUCCUUCGUUGUGUAGUAAGCAUUGGUUUGAAAGUAUAGCUGUACACAGCUGUUGCAGAGCUUGUCAACAGAACCUAUGGCAAAAAGAAUGUUUAUUAGCAUCAUAAACAUUCAGAAUAUAUAGUAGAUUAGUUUUAUCUGUUUGCUACAGUUCACUUUUAAUGCUGAUGUGUUUCCUAUGAGUGAAAGCAAGUGCUCUCCAAACUGUUGUCAGCUGUGCAAUACAUUAACAGAACUGAGGGAUCUGAAAGGCCAUGGACUGAACAAAUCUAAAUUGCUUUUGUUUUCAUUUCCUUUAGCUUUUGGAUUUGUUUCCACUUAGAGGAUAAAGUUGAUUUUUAAAAAAAGUUGUGAACAUUUGAUGCACAUGCAUCUCAUCCAUUCAUUUCUUUCUUUUUUUUUUAAAAAAAAAGCAAAUUUUCAUGUUUUGGAAUUAUUUAUUUUUUGAUCUUCAAUUGAUUUUGCUGUCUUGGUCUUCACCAUUUUUAUUCAUUACAUUCUGCAGAUUAGAGGCUAGUUCAUUCUAACUCAUAAAAUCUAGACGAAGCUUCAAACAAUGUUAUGCAGAAAAAAAUAUGUUGAACCUGUGAUGAAUUUUUGGAAUGUGAAUUAUUUGACUUGUGUGUUAUUUAGGCAUUUCCAUAUGCCAAUUUAACAUCAAAGAUUUUACUUCUGAGUUAAAACAUGGGAGUGUUGAUGUUAGAUAUCAAAUCCUUGGAGACUUUUAUAACACUUGAACUCUCCACAGUAUUUGAGGAAGAUACUAUUUCCAAAUGGGCCUCAUAACAUUCUACCUUUAAAACUGCUUGAUGGAUAUUUUAGCUGUCUUCUGUAUGCAGAAACAAUCGAAGUUGAGCAGUUGCCAUCAUUUAUCUGUGGCAGUGGUUUAAAGAUUUGAAACAAUUACUAGAAUUGACAUGUGCAUGUGCAAAGCAAGCCAUAAUUAUAAAAUAUAAAGUCUCUGGAACUGUCCUCAAGAUGUUUGCUUCUCUCUGAAUACACUGGCUACACUUAAAACAUGGAAUUUUAAAUAAUGAAGGUAUUUAGUCAAACAUUCAGUGUAUGAGCAAUACACACUUGCUGGGAAUCGAAGUGAAAACUUGGGGUAUGCUUUUAGCAAGACAUAAAGUUAAGAGAUUGGUGGAAGAGAUCACUGUCUUGUUAUCCAAACAAUUUUAAAAAAGUACCAGGCAUUAGGAAAGCCAGUAAAUGCCCUAAAGCUCAAAAGAAGAAAAUUGUGGUUGCAAGCAACAUAAAGAGAACUUUGUGCCUAUAGCCAACAGCAGUAUGCAGUUAACAUUUUAUGUCAGGAUUUUAGAUAAAUUGUCCAUGUUCAAUCGACUAGAUCUCAACAUUAGGGGUGUAAAAGGCAGUGAAAACUUGCAUCACCACCAUGAACAAAAAAAAUAUUGCCAGGAAGUGUCAAGACUUGCAUGGUUGCAGGAUUACAUUAAAUAUCCACUGUUACAGUAAAUGUUCUCAUUACAGAAAUGAAUCCUUGCAGAAAGAACAGAAAUAUGUGAAAUUUAUGACUCUUCAUCCUUAUUUUUUGUUAAGUGAUUCCUCUUUGUGCCUUCUAUAUUUGUCUUUUAUUUUGUGUCUGUAUAGUUGUUGCUCCUUCCGUCCUUCGUAUUCUGUCCAUAUCUCCUACUUAAGUGCUGAGAGUAUUCUCCUUUGUGAGCAUGAUUAUGUGCUUUAGAAACCACACGUUUGCUAUAUUAUAAAAUGUAAAGGCAUGUUGACCAAAUCAUCAAUAUAUAUAUAAAGAACUAAAGCAACAAGAAAUGCUUGAUACCAAUUUUUUAUGGAUUGCAACUUUCCUACACACAGACGCAUUAAAAAAAAAAAAA